AUGAACCACUGGACAAAACAAAGUGUUGCGCGACAAAGCAGGGCAAUCUCUCAUUCCCGUGAGCCAAUCCGGUCAUUGACAAACGCAGGGCGGCACCGUUCAUGCGACCUCCCCCAUUCUCCAUCUGUUUCCACCGCCACUGAACCCCCCUCCCUCCUCCUCCCGCAGGCUUUCGCUUCAUUCCCCUUCGACGCCACCGCCAGCCUCGUCCGUAGGAAGGGGUCCGGCACAAGGCCACCGGUCGGCUGGGAGGUAAAAUCUUCCCAGCAGCUCGCCGCCUCGCUUCGCCACCCCGACCCCGGAUCCCCCGGCACCACCACCCCCUUCGGCCGCGACCCCGGCGGCGGUUGCCGAGCAGGUGCCCUAGUAGCGGGCCAAGCUCAGCGACGAAGCGGCGGCGGCGACAUCACAGGCUGUAGAAAGGUUGUGCCGGCGGGGGCGGGAGCGGUGGGAAGUAUGGAAACCCGGGAGAGCAAAGCGGCGGCGGGGGCGGUGCGUUCGCCGAAAAUUGGCGAUACGCUGCACAUGUUGGCGCCGCCGUCGGAUAUCGGCCAGGUAGGUCGCGGUGGCGCGCGGGGCGCGUUUGGAACGGCAAGGAUUGCGUCAUCGGACGCCGGGGCUACGGCGGCGGCGACGGCAGAGGGACAAUGCGUCGAAGACGUGGUGGAGUCCGGUCACGCAGGACCGGUUCUUUUGUUGGGCCGGACGAAGACGAAGCCGCUGUCGCCAGGGCCCUGCCAUUCCGCCGACGGACCCCACGCGCACGGAGAGAACGGGGAGAAACAUCUCGAGGUGGGGGAGUUGGGCGAGUCGCUAGGCAAGCACGACCACUUCUUAGCAUGCCACAGGCAUCGCCACCGCCACCGCCGCCCUUUCCACCAGCACCUCAGCCAGGAGAUGAAGGUUUCCAGCAGCUGGACCGGGUCGGCACAAACAGACGCACCCAGCAUCGGCUCCGACGACGACAACGACGACACGGCCGUGCGGCUCAGGUGCGGCAGCGGUGGGUCGAACUGCUGCAGCGAAACAGCCCAUGUUGACAGCAAGGCUUGCGCCAAAGGCGCAGCCGCGCUGCUUGUGACGGAGCAGCAACUGGCGACGAAGGCGGGGGCCGAGGUACUGCCGCUUUCGCCUUUGGCGGAGCAUCAGAAUUCGGCGGCGGCUGUCUCCGUCGUCGUUUCCGGCGCCGACGGAAGCGCCAGGGCGAACGACGAAACCGUGGUGCGCGUGAGCGAGCUGCCGGACGUGUGCGCGAUCUGCUUGGGGCAGUACGCCACAGGGGAGGAGGUUCACGUGCUGCCCUGCCUGCACAUUUUUCACGCCGAGUGCCUGGACGUCUGGAUCUGCGGUCACCCGUCCUGCCCUUACUGCAAGGGUGACCUGAACGUCAUCCCGCAAGAAAACAAUUCCUCAUCAGAGACGACGGCAAUCUGUUAUGCCUGCAGCGUGCUGUCGGGGAUGGUGUCGUUCGUCACCGGGCCCUUAGUUCGGUUUUUCCGCGGAAUCUGGGAGCGGCGGCGGCAGCAGCGCGAGCAGACGGCCGAGGGUGGCGGGGACAGGGAGGCGGGAGAGGGGAACGAAGCUGCCGAAGGCGUUGUUAGCUUUGCUCCACCAGCGUUGGAGUCUUCGGCAGCGACACCCGUGCCGCCAUCUGUGGUGGCAGCGUGA